GAGGCUGAGCUCGACUUGGCGCACUUGCAGGACGUUGCCCAAGAAGGUUUGUCUGCCCUUGCGGCGGCGGGGCAAGCAUUGAGAGAUGCGGCCAACUCGGAGAAGGACGUUGUGGGAGUGGAUCCCACCGCUUCGUCUGCUGGGCACGACAGCAAGAUGGUCGACUCCAUGUUGCAGACCGUGCUGGACUGCUUUAGUCAGUGGUUGCGGCAAGGGCACUGCGACGGCUUUGCUCGGGGCACGCCUGCCGCCAACGCUCUGGCAACUCGAGCACGCAGGCUGGAGAGCAGUCCUGGCUGCGCUGGGUUCUUGGGCGCUGCGAAAGCAUUGCUGCGGGAGCACUUUGCCACGGAAGCUUUGGCCCUGCAGUCAGAUGCUGAAUGGCUGCUGAAUGGCUACACGGCUGCCCUGCCAAGCCCUCGGCGCUGCUGA